CUGGGGGUGGGUGAGGCUCGCUGUGUCCCAGCCGGGCCCGGAGCCCAUGGAGCGGGGGAAGAUGGCGGAGCUGGAGAGCCUGGAGACGGCGGCGGAGCACGAGCGGAUCCUGCGGGAGAUCGAGAGCACGGACACGGCCUGCAUCGGCCCCACGCUCAGGUCUGUCUAUGAUGGCGAAGAGCACGGUCGUUUCAUGGAAAAGCUGGAAGCCCGAAUUCGAAACCACGACCGAGAGAUUGAGAAAAUGUGCAACUUCCAUUACCAGGGCUUUGUAGAUUCUAUCACGGAGCUCCUGAAAGUUAGGGGAGAAGCCCAGAAGCUUAAGCAUCAAGUGACAGACACGAAUAGAAAACUGCAGAGUGAAGGGAAGGAAUUGGUAGUAGCAAUGGAAGAGCUGAAACAAUGUCGACUACAACAGAGAAAUAUUUCUGCUACCGUCGAUAAACUAACAUUGUGUCUUCCUGUUCUGGAGAUGUACAGCAAACUGAGAGAGCAAAUGACAUCUAAAAGACAUUACCCUGCGUUGAAGACAUUAGAGCACCUUGAGCAUACGUACUUGCCACAGGUGAGCCACUACCGCUUCUGCAAGAUCAUGGUGGAUAAUAUCCCUAAACUGCGUGAAGAGAUAAAAGACGUUUCCAUGUCAGACCUCAAAGACUUCCUGGAGAGUAUUCGUAAGCACUCUGACAAGAUUGGAGAGACGGCAAUGAAACAGGCCCAGCAGCAAAGAAACCUGGAUAAUAUUGUAUCUCAGCAUCCCAGGAUAGGUGGUGGAAAGAAAUAUAAGAAAGAUGUCUGUGCAAGCUCAGAUCUGGAGGUGAAAAACACUAGCCCCAUGUCUGAACAGGAUUCGGGGAUCCUGGAUGUUGAAGAUGAGGAUGACGAUGAAGAGGUGCCUGGUGCCCAGGAUUUGGUGGAUUUCUCGCCCGUGUACCGAUGCUUGCACAUCUAUUCUGUACUGGGUGCCAGAGAAACCUUUGAGAACUACUACAGGAAACAGAGAAGAAAACAGGCUAGACUGGUGCUUCAGCCCCCCUCAAAUAUGCACGAAACUUUAGACGGCUACAGGAAGUAUUUUAAUCAAAUUGUAGGCUUUUUUGUAGUUGAAGAUCACAUCUUACAUACGACCCAGGGCUUGGUCAAUAGAGCCUAUAUCGAUGAACUGUGGGAAAUGGCUCUGUCAAAAACUAUUGCCGCACUAAGAACACAUUCAUCUUACUGUUCUGACCCAAAUCUGGUAUUAGACUUGAAGAACCUCAUAGUUCUGUUUGCAGAUACACUCCAGGGGUAUGGCUUCCCUGUAAACCAGCUGUUUGACAUGCUACUGGAAAUCAGAGACCAAUAUAGUGAGACUCUGCUAAAGAAAUGGUCAGGAGUUUUCAGAAAUAUACUUGAUUCAGAUAAUUACAGUCCUAUACCCGUAGCUAAUGAAGAACUUUAUAAGAAGAUAAUAGGACAGUUCCCAUUCCAGGAUCCAGAGCUGGAAAAGCAACCGUUUCCAAAGAAGUUCCCCUUUUCUGAGUUUGUGCCUAAGGUUUACAAUCAGAUUAAAGAAUUCAUCUAUGCCUGUCUAAAGUUCUCAGAAGAUCUUCACCUGAGCUCCACGGAGGUCGACGACAUGAUUCGAAAAUCAACCAACUUGCUGCUGACUCGAAUGCUGAGCAACUGUUUGCAGACUGUUAUUAAGAGGAGAAACACAGGGCUGACAGAGCUUGUGCAGAUUAUUAUAAAUACGACUCAUUUGGAGAAAUCCUGCAAGUUCCUAGAAGAAUUCAUAACCAAUAUCACCAACGUACUCCCAGAGACUGUCCAUACUACCAAACUCUAUGGCACUACCACCUUCAAGGAUGCCCGCCAUGCUGCAGAGGAAGAGAUUUACACUCAUCUGAACCAGAAGAUAGACCAGUUUUUGCAGCUGGCAGAUUAUGACUGGAUGGCCACUGAACCGGGCAGCAAAGCCAGCGAUUACCUGGUAGAUCUCAUUGCUUUCCUGCGCAGCACCUUUGCUGUGUUCACACACCUACCUGGUAAGGUGGCUCAGACUGCAUGUAUGUCUGCAUGCAAACACUUAUCCACUUCACUGAUGCAGCUGCUGCUAGAAGCUGAAGUGAGGCAGCUUACAUUGGGGGCCUUACAGCAAUUCAACCUGGAUGUAGAGGAGUGUGAACAGUUUGCCAGAUCCGGGCCAGUGCCUGGGUUCCAAGGGGACACACUGCAGUUGGCCUUCAUCGACUUGAGACAACUUCUAGAUCUGUUCAUCCAGUGGGACUGGUCAACGUAUUUGGCUGACUACGGGCAAACCACAUGCAAAUAUCUUCGUGUGAACCCAACGACAGCCCUUAUCCUGCUGGAAAAGAUGAAAGACACCAGCCGUAAGAACAAUGUCUUUGCGCAGUUCCGGAAGAAUGAGAGGGACAAGCAGAAGCUGAUAGACACUGUGGCUAAACAGCUCCGAAGUCUGAUCAACAGCCAUCAUUUGUGAGGGUAGUCAGCUGCUUGGGAUGGGAUUUUGGGAUUUCAGGACAGUGCUAAUCUCUGCACUGCAGCCUCCAUGCGCCUGGAUUUGGGAUUCCUGUUUAAAGAGAAUAUAUGUAUUUUUUUAUUCACAUGUAUAGUAUUCAUGGAACCGACUCUUAUGAAAAAAUGUUGCUAGGCGAAUAAUCAAAUGGUGAUAUUGCGGCAUUGUUUGUACUGCUGCAGUGCAGGGUGGGGUCAUGGUUUCCCACUAUAAGCUCCUAUUUUCAGGGGUUUAUAACUUGACCGUAAAGGCUGAAACUUGAGAUAAAAGUUCAUGCCCCGAUGAUUUUUUGCAACCAAAUUCAGAGAAUCCAUUUGACUUUUCUUUGUUAAGUUAUUCAAGUGCAGAAAAAAAAAUGUAGGGAGCAUUGUGGUUUCCGAUGCUUUUCCUCCACUCCCGUAGCUCGGCUACGCCUUUGCAAAUGGAAAGAGUGCGGCUUGUGAGCUCGUAUUGCAGAUGAGUGUAUUGGGUGUAUUUAGGAAGGGAGGGCAAACAAAUGCAAAACCAUUCACUUUGUUUUGUUGAUGUGCAUGCUAACUUCAUCCUUAGUCUGCAGACUCCUGGCAGGAGAAGGACACUAAACAGAUCCAUCAGGUCUGUAACUGGACCUGGAUGCUGUAAUCUGGAAUAACUCUUUAGGAGCUGCUGUUGUCUUUUGCAAAGACACUACCUGAAAGAGCUUGAGAGCUACAUCGUCAUCAAAUGGGAUUGGAGAGAGCCACAGAAUAAUACUGCUCCAAUGGCCUGACCUUGUGGUGCCAAGUUUGCACUGGGCUGUCGCUUCGUUGUGAUUCAGCAUAGUCCUGUGAUGCUAACGUUGCAGGGAAGAAAACCAACGCUCUGCAAACAGCGUGAGGACAUCAUGCCACAAUUUUGCCUUUCUCUGCAACUGUGUUUGAUGCUGUCUCCUGUCUUCCCCCUUCCCGAAUGUUUGGAGGGACAUCCCAGUGACUCUAGUUAGGUUGUGGGGAGCACUGAGCAAACAGACUUUUGCAGUACGUAGGGUACUGCUGUUACUAGCAUAACCGGUGGAGAUCUGAACAGACUCCUGGGCACUCCUGAGUCACAUGGGACUCCAAGAGCACUCCGCUGAAUAUUCAAGCUCAAAUAUCCACUUGGUAAAAAGUGCCUAAGGGCAAAAUUCUUCUCUCUUGUCUGUAGCAAGUAUCUGUUCCAUAUUCCUCCCUCCUCCUCUGCAUAAGACUCCCAUUGAAGCCAACGGGAGUGCUUGUGUACAGAAUGUAUGCUGGCAGAGAAAUCCACUCUGCCUGAUAGAGGAGACUUUUGCCCUUACCUUGUAUUUACCUACUAGACUGUAACUACUCUCAGGGGGGACACAUCUAGUGGGUCCCUCUUUAAUAUCAAAUCCCGAUACAAAAAUAUUCUAGUGAUAGAGAGUCCCUUUUCUGUAGGAGUAGGCAUGCCAAGCUCCAGAUUUGCCUAAAACUAAUAACAUUACAGGGAGCCAUUAAGAUCUUUAAUGUAUACAUAGCCACAUCAGUACCGCUGCUUCAACACUUACCAUAAACUUAGUACAGGGUUUGUUUGGUUUUUUUACAUCGGUUUAAAUUAGUUCGGUUGUUGUUAUUCUCACCACAAUUAUUUUUUGAAAAAGCCAAUGCACUUUUUCUAGCCUUCAGAGAGAGAUUUAGUGUUAACCUCUUUCUCCCUCAAGUCUUCAUAUCAUGCAGGUGACGGAACUUGUUUAAAUACGAUGCACAAUGCAAAUUGUCUGUAAUGUGCAAGGUGACGGCUGGCUCUCCAGGCCGCGUUCAGUCCCUCUUCCUUUCGACCACUCGUGCUGAUUCUGCAUUUUCUGGCUCCAGUGCUGGUGCCACUGUCCAACACAUAUUUAAGCACAGGGUGGACCAGGAGGUUAUUUUUUAUUUGUCUUUCCUAAUGACGAUUUUUUCCAAUGUUCCUCAGCCAUGCGUUUUUUAUAAGGGUACGUGUUACUUGGCCUGAAUGUCAAUAGCCACGUUUGUAAGCAGCGAACUUCUGCUACUGGCUACAUCCAAGUGAUGGGAUAAGUAUGCGGGGUCUUUUUUAUACUUGGGAGGGCUGUAUAUUGGCAUUUCCCUUGUGUUUUCUUUUUGAAUAUAGCUUAAAAAUGCCUCCAAAGCACAGAUUCUGAAGGAUGGUGAAAGCGACAUGGGUGAAUUGGAAAUUGGCAUGGGUGGAAAGGGACCUGCAGCAGCAAGCUGGAGGGAUCUGCAAGCCAAAGAACUGCUCUGCGAGCAAACGCUUUCCUCAACAUGGGGGGCACAGAUGUGAACUGGACUGGUUCCCCAUUCAGACCCUACGCUAGCUCUAAAAUGCUACAUAUGGUCGUGCUCCAAACUGUCAGCAAGGAGUUCCAUGCUCUGCCCUGUUCCUUUAUAUUUCGACCUAGAAAUUUGUACUGUCCCCAACGAGAUUGUGAAGGUGGAGCUGGCAAACCCAGCUUCUCCCAUGCCAGGAAGAUGUUGUAUGCAGACUCCUCAAGCCCCUGGGUUCACCUGACUUGAUGAAAACAGUUGAGAGUCUGAGUGUCCUGAACCCACCCCACCUGCAAAGUCUUGUGAGUCAUUGGUUGCAGCAGCUAGAUGGACAGUGCUGUCUCCAGGGGAGAGUCUGCAGCAUCUCUGGUUUCAGGGUGCUGCUCAAUGCAAGAGGAGAAUUCACAAGCUUCUGGGACAAGACGACCUACAGUGAAAACUCCUCUUAGCUACUGAAAAAGGGAAAAAGCAGAUCUGCUUUGAAAAUCUAGUGUAAGGGCCAGAAGGCCUGGUUUCUUAGCAAACCCAGGAAGUGUCACCAGACACAUCGCCAGUCACGGUGCCCAGUACUCUUGCAAAGCUCUGUCCCAUCAGUAUCAAACACAAGGGGACAAAGAUGUGAUUUACUCCUCCCACAAAUGGAAAAGGCAGGUUUUCCCCUUCUGUGCUGCUGUCACAUUCUGCAGGGCUGUGAAGAGGGAUUCUGCGUGGACGCAGGAGGGGGGGACAUGACUGAGACGCAAACACGCAUCAGAUGCAAGAGAAACUUCCCACAUUAAAAUAAAUAUAGAGAUUUAAAAAAAAAAAAACCAUCAAAAACCCAUGGCAGCCCCGUGCUGAAAAAAAUAGGAGAGAUUUGAGUCCACAAGGCACUUAAGGGCCAUAAAUAGUAACGAGCACUUUAAAAUCCUUUGGAAUCAUGCUGCUGCAGCUGCUGGCAACAGUAUAAAUGAGCAUCAGCAAGCAUGACAAAUAAGGCGCUCUGGCAUUUCCAGUUUUUUAUUAGGAGGAGGAGAGACUGUCAAACACAAUUUUUAGUCGUGUUUGUCAGCCACUGACUUUGCUGCGGGGCAGGGUGUAGGUUUUGCUGGUGGUGAUUAUUUUUUCUCCACUCCUUGUUAAAUGAUGGGAAGCGGGGUGGGAGGGGGGGAACGGGAGAGUGGGAAACGCCCCCAAAUGUGUACCUCAGGCUGAUAGCUAGGGGAGGGGUUACCAUGCUGGAGUAGGUGUUAGCAGAGAAAAGCCGCCAGCUGUUAAACUCAUGCUUCAGGCUUUAAAAUUCAGAGUUAUUCCAAGGUGUAGGCUCCAUUUUCCACUGAAAGAUUCCACUUGGUGCCUAAUUAAUAUAAAAAACAAAGUAAACAGAAUCCCUGAGCCAAACCUUUCAGCCGUGACCCCAGCCAGCACCGAACCUUCCGUGACCUGAAGCUGGGCUCUGUCCUGUCUCCGCCAAGCUUAAUUUAAAGAGGAGUACAGUGGCCUGCACAGAGUUUAAAAAGCUAGGAAAUGAAUGCUGUUUGGACAGGCCAUGCAAAACGCCUGGACCAGGAUCAUGUGAACUGGCUCUGGCGUUGAGGAGUUUCUGCUGGGAAAGCAGUCCCCGCCAAGUUGGAGAUUCAGAGAGUCUCUGAUUUCGGGAGGUCAAACUCCUAACCACAAGUCACUUCACGGGGAUGAAAAAUUGAAUUUUGGUGCUCUGUUCCUAAUUAACUUUUUGUUCCAAGAGAUGCAGUCCCGUCCCUUCAAAAUAAAAUUAAUCUUUUAAACAGAUUGCUUAAAAAGCUUUGGAAGACAUUUAAAAUCCCCUGUAACUCUCUUACUAAUGAUUUGUAUCCUCUGAUACGAAUGGUAGAGCCUACGAGGGAAAGAUUAUUAUAAAUGCACAAGACGGGGGCAGGAGCAGAACCCACCACUCUAACGAUAGACCCGUGCCUCCCAAAUCAAACAGUGCUGCUAUUAAUGUACCCAUGUACAUAUAUGAACAGCCCUUCGGUUUUUUAAGUCAUGCUAGAGAAGACGGGGUUAUUUUUCCCCCCUACAAAGAUGUCUAAGCACCAGUUGAAGACAGUUCCGCUCCCUGAGAUGUACCCAGGUAUCGUCUUUGUAAGCUUAGGUGACACGCUUCUGACAGGCUAUGCAUUGGGAAUAGGUUUUGUAUGUAAUGCACUAACUUACAGACACAUUGUACCAGUGCGUAGGGAGGCGGGCGGGUGGCUGGGGGUUCAUUCUCUAGUGCUGGAGUUCAAGUCACAAAAGCUCUUAGCAAUUUUGCACUUUGUUUUAAAUCUGACCCCAGUCCUGUUCUCUGUUGCAUUGUUCGGUGUUUGCUAAAAGCUAGGCUGUCUGCGCACAUACAAAAAUGACUGCGUUAACAAAUGUCAGAUCUGAUAGAUGGGACAUUUUUGUCCAGUUCCAAAACUGUUUGUGGGACACUGAGUCACAUUCAAAGCUGAUGCUUAAAUGGAGGCAUUACAAGUACUGCCAAAGAUUCCAUGUAUGGAUGGAUGUGUGGGUGGGAGGGCAUGGUACCCCAUCCAAAAUCUGCUAGCUUGGAUCAAUAAUCUUGGCCUUCAAAGACUUCUCUGUUCCCUUUCCGAUGGUUCAGUUGGAAUGAGUUGUCGUCAACAAAUCAGAAUUUAAUUUCCAGCCCCAAGGCAAAGCCAUUCUGAGUGUAACAUCAUUUAUUUCAGCACCAGACUUAAAUGAGGGGAAAAUGGGCAAGCAAUGGGGAAUUGGCAAUGGGAGUUAUUUUCAGCUCCCAAAACUCUGCUGAUUAAAGGGGUGGAGGGGCAACUCCUUUUCUCAAGCAGCGACCAAUUCUGCCACAUGUAUCUUCACUUUGCCAUUACUGUAUCUCUAGAUCGUUUCUUUCCUAGCUUCGGAAUUCUCCUUCAGUCACUGCCCGGCUUUUUCUAGUUGGUUCCAGUCCUAGCACUUGCAAGGAGACUAUGCACUGGAGAAACAACCACUUUCCAUUCAUCCCACCCAUGGGCUGGGCCAGUUCUAUUAGGCAAACACCUCAUCAAAGAAGAACAUGUUCCAAGGCUUCAUUUACUCCCCCGCACUUUCAGGACCAGUUUCUACAUGCCCUUGGGAUACCAAAACGCCCUCGCUCACCCUCCAGCGAUGGGGUGUAAAUUGCGGUUUAUCCCAAAUCUUGGGAGGCAAAGGGAAACCAUCUAAUUCAUGAAUUCAAGGUGGAAAAGACCCUCCAUGUUGCAAACUCUGAGCCGUUUUCAUGGGUUUUGUUUUUUAAAGUGGGAUGAUUCUGCGGAUGUCUGCAUUUGUGUCUAUAGGGGGUGAAGUGCUCACCCACGGAACACUAAACUAAGGGAUCAACAGAGACUACGCCUCACACCUGUUUCAUAGGUUUAAACGGCAGAAGACACUUGCUGUUGCUGCUUGGGUUUUUUUUACCUGAUCCCUCCCAUCCAAGGCCUGGUCUUAACCACAAAAUGUUCGGUUAUAACGUGGGUGCGAAGAGUCGAGUUAGCUGACCCGACGCUGAUUGUGACUGUGGUUGACAGAGGUGGUGGUCAGCAUGCUGUUAGCUAGUCAUGGGUUAAACCCUGGUUCCAGUUGAGUUUAAUCAUCAGGAGCUGAGACGAUGCAUCUGUUCCAGGUGUCCCCUUGGUCCCGCCUUUGCCCUCAUUAGACACACGGGCCUGAUUCUCGUUUACAAUAAGGCCCCUUUAAGCUGCCAGUGUGGUGUAAAGGGACCUUGGCAUAACUGGGAUUCAUACCAGUGUGACUCUACGCCUGCCCUCCAGCGGCUCUGAAUGUAAAGAGACAGCCCUGCAGACCGUUCUGUCUAGACCAUUCUGCGCUUAGUGAGGUAGUGCUUCUACUUAAUCAGGAUUUACAUCUGCACUUAAUUGCUUUCUAGUUUUGCUUGUCCCUCUGAUUUUAUAUCUCUCCCCCCCCCCCAUGCACCCCUCAGUGUCCAUUGGCUGCUCAUGUUGCCUUUAUGGGCAGGGGGUGGGAGGGGAGGUUUAUUUUAUAACCUAAUGUGGUGAAAACAGCUUUUUUUGCACAAGUCGUUGCACAAUAAGGGGAAUACUUAGUAAAUUAGGUUUAACUUUAAAGGGAACAUGUUUUUUCCUUAAAACUCACUAGCGGAGCUACUGAUUAAAAAUGGACUGCAUGGUUUACAGAUUAAAAUGCAUUAGAAAUUAGCAUGUUGAUUUCAACUGUACAUUUAUCCUAUUGUAACUUCUAUUAAAUAAUACAUCAUAUAAAUCCGGUUAAACGUGCUGAA